AAUUGGGGAUGUGUACAAAAUUACUAAGUAUUAUAAUAAAUCAUUGUAAACAACUUAAAUUUCUAACCAUUGAAGUUUUGUUAAAUUCUGAUCCAGUAGGCCUGGGUGGGAGUUGGUUAAGUAGGACCUAGGAAUUGGCAUUUUCAGCAUGCACUCUGGAUAAUUCUGAUGAAGGUGGUCUGUGGACCACAUUUGAGGAGCGUUUACUCAUCAUUACUUACGUGCUUUAAUUUCAGGUUCCAUGGUGUGCUAAGGCCCUCUGCAAACUGGUCUUUGACUUCCCUGUUCAGCCUUCUCUACAACUACUUCCCAAACAUCCUCCAUCAUGUUCCAGUCUAAGAGCCUUCUUGUGCAACUUUUCACUUACACCAUUUUCUCCACCUGCCUUGCCUCUACUUCCCACCCCAGCUCUGCCUGGUGAAACCAUACCCAUUCUUCAGAGACCCACUUGUCUUCUGCAAGGGAAUCUGGAAAAGUUGUAAGCAAAACAUCAUUUCUCUAAGAAAGUUUUGGAUAACAGAAAUUCUGGAUAACAGGGCAAACCAAUUUAGUCACCAUGAGUUGGAGCUUCCUCACUCGCCUGCUAGAGGAGAUCCACAACCAUUCCACAUUUGUGGGGAAGAUCUGGCUCACUGUCUUGAUCGUCUUCCGGAUUGUUCUUACGGCGGUAGGAGGAGAGUCUAUCUACUACGACGAACAAAGCAAAUUUGUGUGCAACACAGAGCAGCCAGGCUGCGAGAACGUCUGCUAUGAUGCCUUUGCACCUCUCUCCCAUGUGCGCUUCUGGGUGUUCCAGAUCAUCCUGGUGGCAACCCCCUCAGUGAUGUACCUGGGCUAUGCCAUUCAUAAGAUUGCCAAAAUGGAGCAUGGUGAAGCAGACAAGAAGGCAGCUCGGAGCAAACCCUAUGCAAUGCGUUGGAAACAGCACCGGGCUUUGGAAGAAACAGAAGAGGACCAUGAAGAGGAUCCCAUGAUGUAUCCAGAAAUGGAAUUAGAAAGUGAAAAAGAAAAUAAAGAGCAGAACCAAUCUAAACCUAAGCAUGAUGGCCGACGGCGGAUUCGGGAGGACGGGCUCAUGAAAAUCUAUGUGCUGCAGUUGCUGGCGAGGACCGUGUUUGAGGUGGGUUUUCUGAUAGGGCAGUAUUUUCUGUAUGGCUUCCAAGUCCAUCCAUUUUAUGUGUGCAGCAGACUUCCUUGCCCUCAUAAGAUAGACUGCUUUAUUUCUAGACCCACUGAAAAGACCAUCUUUCUUCUGAUAAUGUAUGGUGUUACAGGCCUUUGUCUAUUGCUUAACAUUUGGGAGAUGCUUCAUUUAGGAUUUGGGACAAUUCGAGACUCACUAAACAAUAAAAGGAGGGAUCUGGAAGAUCCGGGUGCUUAUAAUUAUCCUUUCACUUGGAAUACACCAUCUGCUCCCCCUGGCUAUAACGUUGCCAUCAAACCAGAUCAAAUCCAGUACACUGAACUGUCCAAUGCUAAGAUCGCCUACAAGCAAAACAAGGCCAACAUCGCCCAAGAACAACAAUAUGGCAGCCACGAGGAGAACCUCCCAGCUGACCUGGAGACUCUGCAGAGGGAGAUCAGAAUGGCUCAGGAACGCCUGGAUCUGGCGAUCCAGGCCUACAAUCACCAAAACAACCCCCAUGGUCCCCGGGAAAAAAAAGCCAAAGUGGGGUCCAAAGCUGGGUCCAACAAAAGCAGUGCUAGUAGCAAAUCAGGGGAUGGGAAGACCUCCGUCUGGAUUUAAUCUUGGCUGGGCUUAAAACUUGCGCUUUUCAUAGUUUAUGGUAAGCAACGGCUCUCUGAAUAAUGACUUCCAUUGAGUAAACAUUUGGCUCUGGUUAUCUUCAGGGAUGCUGUUGGCUCAUGAUCCAAGCUCAGGGGACUCUGAAGGUGGGGCUGGGACAAGGGGGAGAGAAGGGGAAACACAGUGUUCCUAGACACAUGUUCCAGCAAUAAUACAGUUGCAGAACUUUACAUUUGUGUCUUCCAGAUCUGGAAAAGAACAGAUAUAUUUAAAUCAUUCUUGUUGAACAGUUUUUUGUAUGUACAGUAUUAUGGUACAUUUUUUUUAGAAUGAAUACUUUUUUUGUAUUUGUACAUUGGACAACGUAGUUAUACUUUUAUAUUAAAGGGAAAAAAAUCCUUAUGGUAAUGCUUAUUAGGCUAGUGUUAUUACUUUGUUCAGCAAAUUCUACCCUGGGUUUAAAGUUUUGAUAGAUGCUACACACCUGAUAAAAGUGCCUCUUGUGUUACAGGGAAGCUUUCAGAUAAUGUAAGGAGCUGGAGAAGGAAUCAGUUUUGUCUUGGAAAGGAAUUCCACAGUAGAAGGAAGUUGAGUUCUCUCUUUGACUUGAGAAAUCGUUGAAUCUCAUUCAUGUGCCCAGAAUUGUAUUUAGUCUUUGGAAACCUAUUUGUAUUUUCAAAGGAGAUAAAUGACUCACUGCAGGAUUCCUUUAUAUAUCAAGCCUUGCCAGUAUAUGCAUUGAUGGUGUGUUUAUAAUGUCAGUUGUUACAAAAGGCUGAUGCACACAGGUGUCCCCAUCCAGUAGCAGUGUGGAGACCCUGGCUAGAACUGUUACUAAGAUUCCUAUAUCACAAAGCAAAGCCACACCUGGAAAAUAAGUCCUGAUAAAAUGUUCAGUUGUGAACCCAUUUGAUUUGCCUUAAAUCUCUUGCCAAAACCCUGCCUCUUUCUGGCUUUUUAAGAAACCAGUGAUGGAUAUUUUCUUUAUAUGUUAAUAGUAGAAAUGCAGAAAUUCCUUCCAGGCAAAGAUUAAUCAGAGAUACUUAUAUUGCAUUUGGAAGAAGGCCUAAAUCCAAAUUCCCUAUUUUUUAUAAUUUAUGGUGGAACUUUUAUAAUUUACAUACUUCUGCUAAUGUAGGUUUCUGCCUGGAAGACCAGUCAGACCUGGGAUUCUAUCUAUAAAUAGACCUAUAGAGAAUUUCAGUAUUUAUUCCCCAUAGACGUAUCUGUCAGUGACAGGCAUGGGUGUUCAUGGAACACUCGUAAUUUUCAGUAGUAUUUUAUUUUCAACCUUAUUUUAUGUUGGAGAGUUUUGCUCCUUCCAUCAUAUUCAAAUCAUUUGUCUUAUAGAUUAUGAGCUUCUGAGUAAGAGCUUGGUAAAGAUUUAAAGGAAGGGGCGUUUGCUUCACCAGAGAGCAUUUCAUUUUGAGUAUCUCACACUUUUCUAACAGAAAGUUAUUAUUGCAAGCCACCUCCAACUUCGAAAUUCCAAGAGUAUUAUUUCUUUGUCUUAAUUUGUAAAUGUCAAUUCUUCAUUAUUUAGGAGGAUCCUAGAACUACAUCUUUUGUGCAGUUCUUUUUUUUCCUUUGUUCUCAAUUGCAUUUCUUCCCCUCUCCCUCAAAAAAAGAAAUUCAGUUGACAAUUUAAGCUUAUCUUCUGGCUAUGCAUUUACUGUAUUUUGCUUUUUUGAAUCUGUAAAUUUUAGCCUUAGAGAAGCUCCUUAGGAUCUCUAAACAUCUUAAGCAAAAGGUAAACUUGGGUGAGACUGUAGGGAAAUUUCAGAAAAUGAUAUAUACUUGUAUGUAUCCUGGCUAACUGAUAGAUAUGCAGUUUCUUUCAAGCCAAAUGUUUAAUAAGAAAAUUGAAAUAAUUAUUCUAAAACAGGCAAGAUUUUAUACUUAAGCCUAGCUAAGAUAAAGAACUACCAAUUACUUCUUGUGUCAGCAGAACUUCACGCAUAUUUCUUAAUUGAGGACAGAAAAGAAUACACGUUCAUGUCCAUCUAUUCAGAGCCUAAAGGAGACCAGAGUGGCUUUGCCAGGGGAAAGGUUGGGGGUUUGAGACUGAUGGAGAGGGAGGGAGUCAAGCAGAAAUACCAGGCAGAUCUCCGGCGCCAGAAGCAUCCACUUAGCUUCUACAAACAGUGCCCCUGAUGUUUCAUCUUGGCUUGUUCUGAUGAGAGUGUUAUCUUCUGUGUCUGGAUAAUUCUUUAGCUUCCUAAAGUACAUAGAAAGAUAUUCUAAGUCACUUUACAUGGGUUAAAAUCUAUUUUUACUCUCUCACUAAAGUUUUAAUUGUGACAUAGGUUUCCCAACUCUCGCUGUUUUCUUAAUACAUUUCUUUCAGCCUUUGAACAUAUGAGUUUGCCAAAGCCAUUCUCCCUAAUGACAUGUUAUGGACCUACAUUGAGAAAAUGGCCCUAUCAGUGUCUAGCUUAACCCAUCGAUUGAGUCUACACUGAAUCGAUAAAAAUAUUGUUUGAGUUACUGUUCUGGAACUUGUGGGUAUUUGUAUAGAACACCUGUCAGCAUGUCUUUUUCCUCUCAAAAUCAUAUUCCUUUGAAUUGCUGUGUAAGACAUGCUCUAUCAUGACAUUUGCUUCUCUAAAUAGAAGUUGCGUGCUUAGUCCUUCACAUACUCCAAUCAGGAUAUAAUCAACAACAUGUUUAUAUUCCUUAACAUACUACUAGAUUUAUUCAGAUGUGGUAUGUCCUUUGAUCAUCUUUGUUACAGUCUGUUAUUUAGAAGAGGUUUGUAAAACAGACAGGCUUUUUUUCUUAGUUCAAAUUUGAUGGAAAAAUUCUAUAGCAUUUUCUCCUAAAGAAAUUUUAAUGUUCAUUUUGUGGCUUCCUCUUUGCUUUAUGGCUUAGUUUUGUCUGUUUCUAUAUUUGUUCAUUUAAAACCACAAGUGUAUUAUUUCAUUAGAAGUCAGUUUCCUGGGGAUUUUCCUUGACUGAUGUCUAUAGAAUUACUUUUGAUAAAAAUGAACUUUGACAUCUGAAAUGGUUCUCUUAAGGUUAUGACUCCCACAUAUCUGUCUUUUAGAAGGAUACCUAUGUCUUUAAAGAGAAAAAAAGUCAUCAUUAACUGUCAUUUCUUCAUGGUAUGAAAUUAAGCAGUUCACUUUACUUUUCCAAGUUUCAGGAGCCAGUGGUCUUUCAGAAGUGUUAUGAAGUAGUUGGGGAAAGCCUCUGGUAAAAGGUAUUAAAAGACCAACUGUUGUUAUUGGUCAUUUUUCUUAGCUUGGAACUUCAAAAAAAAAAAAAAGUUGCAAGAACUAUGUGAUUAUAUAGUGAGAUGUCCUUCGGUGCACAGGAAUCAGUGAUUGUUUAAAACACUGAACUUAUUCUAAGCAGUUUAUACCAAGAAUGGACUUAAAUGUUAUUCCUAUUAGUCAUACCUAUGCUUUACCCAUUAAGCUUAUAAAUGUCCAUGCUUUAUGCUUUCUGUCUCAUUUAAGAGACAGUACACUUCUAAAAAUAACACCUAUAGUUUAUGAUCAGUUUUUGGCCAGCCAGUUUUUGGUAAAAGGCAAGUAUGUUAUACUUGAACCUACUUAAAGAAAUGCCUUUUUAUAAAGGAAAGGUCUUUCCCGACUGUGAAGAAAAGUACCUGAAGUCAGAGAUAACACAGUGCUGGUCAGUUUGAUUGGAAGGUUUCAGAUAUUAGAUUAAUUUUAUCUUUAUAAAAUCAUGUAAUUUUACACCUUACCACUUGAAAAUAAAGCCCCUGCACCUAUACAGGGCAGAGUUUGGAAUAAAAUUUCAACUCACCUAUAUAUCAUAAAUAUGUAAUAAUUCACAGUCACCAUUAAAUAUUAGAAUCAUUAGGUUGAAUUGCAUACUUGUCACUAAUUCUGGCCACCAGUAUCAUGGAGAGUUUAAAAGAUUUUAUUUGUUGUUGUCUCUAAAACAGUUGUGAUGUUUUGUUGCUUUUAAUAAUGAUGUUAAGUGAGUUUGGUUCAUGCACAUUCCACAUUAAUAAUCAUACUUUUUCAAAAAAAUAAUCAUUCUUUUUUGAGACACAAUCCAUGUGUUCCAAAAUACAGGAGUCCAAACAAAAGAAAGUCUUACUCCUGUGCAAAAUCUCUACAAAAAAUCAAAGAAGAGUUCUGCAUUUCAGGGUUGGCUUAUUGACCAGCAAAGAUAUUUGGCUCUAUGCUUCCAAGAUUGGAAAUGUUAUUCUUUAUUGUACUCACAAUUGUGUUUUCUUUAACAAAUCUUUUACAGAAGUCUCUACCUCAGGCACUCAGUGUUACAUAUGGUUAGCAUCUUGAUACUGAAAAACUUACUAGGACUUCCAACUUUUUAAGAUAUUUUAAAUGUAAAGUUCAACUGUUAACCAGCAAUUUAAUGUCAUGUGAUGUGCAGUUUGGAUAUUGUAUGAACAGCUAAGGAAUUACCCAUUCUAGUGCCAAAGAUCACUGGUUGCUAAUUUUGUUCUGUACAGUUGAUGUAAAACUUCAUGGUGGGGACAAACUCUGCUCAGGGCCUUGUCUCUAGGAAGAUUUUGUCAGUUCCAAAUGUUUGUGUCAGUUCUAAAUACAGUUUAGAAGAUUCA